GUACGGAAUGCUGCAUGGAGAUUGCUCGUGUAGCUAAGAAUGCUAUAGUCAAUGGGAAGAAUUAAUUUGGCAGAGGGGCGUUAUAGACUUCUAAAAUACAACAUUUCGUUAUAUUCUUUAGAAAAAUGGACAGGACUAAUCUCACCUUUUGCUCAUAAGCCGAAAAUAAUCCCACAUUUGGAUUAUUCCAUAAUAAUCCCACCUUUCUACCCUAUUUGCUCAUUUUGGUCCCUAUGGCCGAUAACCGGUUGAAUAUGUAGUGAACAACUCAAACCCAAUUCACCACCAUUUCUGAUCUACUCACAAGCACAAUGCCACCUGCCCCACCACCCCCUCCCUUCUCUCCUCCCCCCUCCUCUCCAAUUGGCACUCCACUCGCGCCACCUACUAUGCCACCAGCGACCCUCGACAUCGUUGGCUUUGGCGAUCUGGAGAAGGCUGACUACGGUAAAGACAUUGUCAAGCUGAGCACUACUUUCUCCAAAGGCUAUAUCUGCUACCCCAGUUUUGAGGUCUGUUGUGUUGUUGACAGAGGUUUGGUGGUGGUUGGUAGCAGUGUGGUUGUGUUGUGAUGGUGUGGAGCGAAAUGGGGUUGUUGCCAGUAGUAGUGGUGGGGGGUGGUGUUGUUGGGUGGGUCGUGGUGGUCAUUUGUGUGGGUGGUUUUAGGUGUGGUUGGGGUUGUUGGGUUGGUCGUGGUGUUUGUGGGUUGUUCUACCAAUCACCAACUUAUUUCAAUAGGUCAACGACCAAAAUGAGUAGAUAUGGUACAAUGGUGGGUUUAUUAUGGAAUAAUUCAAAUGUGGGACUAUUUUCGGCUGAUGAGCAAAAGGUGGAAUUACUCCUGUCUAUUUUUCAUCAUUCUUUUUAAAUUAGGGAAAAUUUCAAAAAACUACCUUUUAUAACACAAAAAUUUCAAAAAACUACCUUUUAAAUUUUUUUUUCAAAAAACUACCUUAUAUAAGAAAUCUGUUUCAAUAUACUAUCACUUAAGAGUAAAAGUUAUGUUUGACCGUUAAGUGAGGGUUGACUCUCACAUGGUAGGUCACGUGACCUCUUAACCAUUUUUCUCUCUUCAAUUCUGAUCUCCCUCGCCAAAAAAAAAAAAAAAUCUCAGAGUCUCUCACCUCAUUGACACACAAGCCAUGAAUUUCUCUUCACAAUUACUACACUCCAUCUACCAAAAUUGAAGAAGGGAUAUUAAUAAGGUGAAUUGAAGAAGGAAUUCGGUAUGUCAUUCUUUUUUAUUUUUUCUUAUUGGCUUUAUCUGGGUAAAAAAAUUGACACUUUUAUCUGUUUUAAUUGGGUAAAUCGCAUCUUAGGGUUUAAGGGGAAUUGAUGGUUAAAUUAAAAUGAACAAAUAAUUAAAGUAAUUAUGUGGUAAAUUGAUGGUAAUAUUGUAAUGAAUGUAAUCUACAGUGCGUGUUACUAGAGUAAACCAAAGAGGAAAGUCUUGGAGGAAGCUAAAAAGAAAACAGAACAUGCAUUCCUACUUUCCAUUUUUCAGAUUUUUUUCAUCUUCUUUGCUUCCUCUACUAAAAUUGUCCCUCAAUUUAUCUCAAUUAAGAAAGGAAAUAAAUUUAGGAAUUUCAAGUAACCUUAAUCAAUUAAUCAUUAAAGCAAAUGCUUUUGCAUAAUCUGAUAAAGAGCGAAGAACAAUAUAGAGAAGAUGAGGGGAGAGAUUGUAGGGAAGAGAAUAGGGUUUUCAUGAAAGAGGUGUCAAUGUGAAGUCAAAGGAAAUGUGAAAAAACGAGAAAGAGAUCAGGAUUGAAGAGAGAGAAAUGGUUAAGAGGUCACGUGACCUACCAUGUGAGAGUCAACUUACAUUUAACGGUCAAACAUAACUUUUACUGUUAAGUGGUAGUAUAUUGAAAGUUGAAACAGAUUUCUUAUAUAAGGUAGUUAUUUGAAAAAAAAAAAUUAAAAUGUAGUUUUUUGAAAUUUUUAUGUUAUAAAAGGUAGUUUUUUGAAAUUUUCCCUUUAUAUUAUUAUAUAAUAUUCUUUUUCUUGGGUGUUUCAGCAAGGUUUAGGCUAUGUUCAGUUCAUCUUAUUUUUGCUUAUUUCAGAUCAGAUCAGAAAAAAUUAGUUCAGAUCAGAAAAAAUAAGUUCAGAUCGGAUCAUGCUUAUAUUUAAAAAUCAUUAUACUAUUAAAUAUUUUUCAUUACAUAUUAGUAAAAAUUAUAAUAAUUGAAUAUUAAUAAAGUACUCAUUGAGACGAAUCAAACAAGACCCCAUAUGACUAUAUUUUUUCUUAUAUAUUGAGAAAAAAUCUAAAAGAUCAGAUCUUGUAAUCAAAUCAGAUCAGUUUAGAUCAGAAAAAAUAAAUUUAGAUCAGAUUAGAUAAGUUCAGAUCAAAAAAUUUCAGGUGAACUAAACAUAGCCUUAAUUUCUUUCAUUUUAACUCUUCGAAUGAUUAUGUAUAAAUGGGCACUAAAUCUUGGGUUCUGUUUUAUGUUGCAAUCAGUACUUGCAGUUAUUGUACUUUAUGUUGGGGAACUACAUUUCACGUCAAGUUUCUGGACCUUUGACAUUCCUCCAGCUUUUUCUGGUGAAUGGAAGAAAGAAAAAGUGGGAUUUGUUAUUAUUGUCAUUAAGUGAAGUUGGUAUUUAAAAGUAGUAACAGUCAACAAUUUAAUACAUUUUUAUUUCAAGUGCUGCAUCAUUGUUGAUUAGCAAUUAUGAGCUCUCUGCCAAAUGCAAUCUACACUUUCAUAUACAUUUGAAGCAACCAAGCAGGUGAAAUGUCGUCUUCUUCCUUGCACCAACCAUCUGACAAAUCUUAAGCUUCAAACAAACUCUUUUUCUCUUUUUAAGAGAGAUUAUCUUUUCUGAAGCUCAAAUCUUCCCACCAUCAGUCCCUCUAAUAUCUCCAUGAUGGAAACUAUAACUCUUGAAACUGGAGAUGCAGAUUCCAAUUCUGUAGUUGAUGUCUCUCGGCCAUUUCACUCAGUCAAAGAAGCUGUUGCUAUUUUUGGCAAACGCAUUCUCCUCAGAGAAAUCCCGUCACGUUUGGAACCCCCAAGUUCUGAUAUAGGUGAAGUUACAUCACCUUCAUCUGAGUUUACGCCAAGUUCAGAAAAAGCCCCUGGUUUUGCUGUCGAAAUUUGUUCAUCAGAGUUCAUGGAAACUCCCGAUAGAACUCUGAGCAUUGCUAGCAAAGGAACUGUAGACUCAUCUGUUGAACAACCUGCACCAAGUCCUCGAACUCCGGAAAAUGUGAACCAUUCUCCAAGUUUUUCCUCUGGAAAGGACAUACCGCCACCUCCAUGCAUUUCUAGUAAAGGAAUUGUAUCCUCAUCUACGAAUGAACCUGCACCAAGUCCUCAGAAUCUGAAAAAUGAUAGCCAUGGGAAGAUAGUACAUGGGAAUGAUCUAGUUAUGAUGUUAAUGAUAUUAAAGAGGCUAGAAAGCGAGCUGCAGGAAACGAAGAUGGAACUGAAGCUGCUGAAGGAGAGAGAAUCAAAGACUGAGGUAGCAUUGGCUUCCUUGAAUGCAGAGCUCCACAAGAAUAUGUCUAAGAUUGCCAAGGUUGAGGCUACUGAAGCAGUAAAUGCAGUAGCUAAUCCAGCAGCGACAUUCACUGAUGAAGGAACUCGAGAGAUAAGUUCUCGAGAUGAGGAGAGGAAAAAAUUUGAAGUGAUGUUGAAAAAUGUGGAUUCCCCAACUUUAGCUCAAAUAUUGAGCAUUAGCGAUUACGAUUGCUAUUUUGGGCACAACAAAAAGGUGAAAAAAGCGAUGAAGAAGAAGCCUAUUAUUCCAUUGGUGACUGAUAUAAUUCCGUGGAGGAAGAGAUCACCACCAAGCAAUUCUAUCUCUCGUCCUUUUUUUUACUUGGCAGUGACCCCUUUUAUUUUCCUUCUCGCUUUAGCAUUGGAAUAGUCACAAUAAGUGCAACCAAGUUCUAAAUGGUAAAAAAAUUUCACUCUUAUUAAAAAAAUAUGCCACAAAAAAGCAAGAGGGGGUUACAAUUUUUUUGUUUCACCACUCUACUUUAUUGUAGUCCCAAACUUUCUCUCUAUGCAUUUCUUGGUAUAUGUGUACUUUCUCUAUGUUUCACUUAUUGUGAAACGAAAAAAGUAUAUCAGUUCAUUUUGUGUGGUCAAGUUGUUAAGCGUUCAACAGUUAAAGAAGAAAAUUAAAAGAAGAGAAGGGAUAAAAAAUA